GUUUUGGAUUGUUUACAGUGUGAAAGUUAAUAUUUAAUUUAAUUAGUCAUAUUAAAAAUCUUCUAACAACAUACGUAUCAACCUUACAAUGAGUCAAAUUUUGAACAAAGUCCGGGACGUAGAUCCUAACAAUAGUGAUGCAGUGAAAGAAGUGCUAUCAACAUUUUUCCAGAAUUUAACAAAACAUGCAGCUACAGAUAGUAAUAGGUGGUUGCAGGCGCUAGAAAACAUCAUCAACCGGUUUCCAAAGUUCUGUGGUACUCACAGAAACACCAUUGAGACAUAUUUGACGAACUUUUUAGACUCUACCAACUAUUUUAAUGUUAUUGAAGCAGCAAAAUGUGCUCAUGCUUUACAACAAGUGCGGCCAUCUCAAGAAAAGAAUGCCACACCGAAAGCAUGCUGGAGGGAACACCUGAUUGUUCUGAACAAUGCAGUACACAACCUUCUGAGUGCUAUGUUCCCAAAUACUGUGGAUAUGUACCAGAACACUGGAAAUAUUCAAAAACUAAAGUUGCAGUCAUCAGCCUCACUGCCGCUGUUCGUGGCGUUAGAACAAAUCCACUCGGUGCCCACUGCACACGACAAUGGUGUCAGCAAGCAGCAACUGUUGAACACACGACUUAGGAAUGUCUUUGUGUUCCUUCAAGCUACAUUAGUAGAAAUCUACCCAGUGGCAAAGCCAAUUCCACCCCAAGCAAUUCUGGAAGUCAUAGUCCGUGCCUUGAGCAUUUCAAGUGGAGCCAAGCAGAAUCAAGACAUGGCAAAAGUUGCUUCAGUUAAAAUUCAAGCUCUACGGACAUUAGACGCCCUUAUUGCAUGCUUGGGAUCAAAUCUUAUUCCUUUCUCGGCCUUGGUCUUCAAGUUUGUGAUGCUCACAUUGAAAUGGAGCUCUGAAAACGUAAAUGAAGAAUCUAGCCAAGUCCGUCGCGGCGCCUACGACACACUGCGCCGCUGGCUGCGGUCCCUCUCCACGCAUCGGUUAGCCGACUCCUCCCGAGGACGAAGCUGGGAAGACGAGCUUACCCAGCAUGUUAUUGAUGACAUCACGCCGGCCAAGCAUAUUGUGCAGCUCACUAUGAGCAACCAGUCCACAAAAAACCUUAGCAAGAAAGCUAAAAGGAAGCUUGCCAACUCCAUGCUACUAGAGAGUAGUAUUGCCUCCCACUCUCCUGGCGAGAAAAACAAAAUCUCUGUGUCAGAAAAAACCAACGAUGAAAUCGCACUAUCAGCGCUAGACUGUGCUGAGGCUUUCUUUGUUGUAUGUGGCGUCUUCUUGAAACCUACUACACAUCAGCAAUUCCAAGAGCGCUUAGUCCGCGAAUGUUACAACCUAGACAGCUAUUCCAGCGAGCGGGCUUUGGGUCUAAUCAGAGUACUGGAGGCUCUAAGGAAGACCACGCCCCCUGAUGUUCCAGCACCCACACAAUAUUGCCUCCAGCUGUACAGCGGACUCGUCAGCAGAGCGGGCGAGAUAUCGAAGUUCUGCUCUCAAGCGUUACUAGACAUCCGUCUGCACCUGCACUGUGCGCCGCCCUCGCUAAGCUACGCGGCCCGCGCGCCGCCCGCCCAGCCGCCGCCCAGCAACAAGAAGCUGUCUUCCAGGAACAGGGAGGCGUUGGAGGCUCUGCUGGGAGCUGACAAAGUACCGUCAGAAAAAUCUGUGGCGAGUGGAGCUAGUCAAGAAGUAAUAACAAUCUCCGACGAGCCGUCAAAGAAGAAGCCGCGCCUUGUCGACGAUGGAAUCGAAAUUGCUGAUCAAAUAUGCGUCAGCAGUGAUUCGGCAAGCUCAGUAGAAAUCAGCGAUGACGACAGCGACGUGCAAGAAGUCGAAGACGAUGUAGAACAUGAAACACCAGCGGAGAAAUGCGUGGAACUAACUGAAUCGUCAGAAAACACUGCUGAUACCACUGUAGCUGCUACAAACGAGAACACAGUUGACACCAAUGAGAAUAUUGCUGUCACCAAUGAAAAUACAGCUGACACUAAUGGAAACCCAACUGACUUAUAUUAUUAUACACAUGAUAUCCCUUUACCAGCUGAAGCAGCAAUACAAACGGUAGCAACGAUUCAGGAAACAAUAAAACCUCAGCAAAUAGACGGAGGCCAUGAUGAAACGACGACGCUAACGAGCGAAGGAACCAGAAACGACGACGAAAGUAGGGAUACCACUGCUAAUGGAAGUGAAUCAGCCCAGCGAACUGGAGAAAGUACUAUUAGUACAGAAGGAGACACCACCGACGCUCCUUAUUCCAAUAUCUACACACUUAACACUCAGCUUCCUUCAAAGACUGCCAACUUCUAUGAAGAGCAGAACAGUCAACAUUCGAUGGAAGUGGCUUAUGACUUAUCUUGUACAGGAAAAGAAGUCACCAGGCUUGAUGGACCGGAAGACGACAAUCUACCGUGCACGGACGAAACCGACGAUAUUCCUAUAACUUGCGGGCAAGUGGUGAAGAAUUCACAAGAAGCUGAUAAUAAAGAAAAUGAAGUGCCUAAAAUGAAUGGAGAUAAAUCUCCAGAGAAAACUGCUGCUGUCACAGAUAAAACGACAGGGAAAGAUGUAACCGUCGAAGACAUGUUGGCGGAUUUUGUUGAUGAAAUCAAUGACGAAAAAACAGAAGCUUAGUUUGUAAGAAUAUGUAAUUGUGCCAAUGCUUAAAGUUGUGAUUGCUAUGCUAUUGUCAAUAAUAAGUUUAUGAUUUUCCUAUACAAAUACAAUAUGUAUAAUUCAAUUAUAAUAUGAUUCAGUAAAUAAAGACAUGGAUAUGGUAA